CGAAACCGAAACAUGAGAUGUCCAGACAUCUGCUACAUAUUUUUUGCAUACUAGUAAUACCCAAUCUGAUUCCAAUCAGUUGCACUGAGACAGAGGAUCAGGAACUUAGUAUGUCUCAUAAGGAGGCCUCGUCUUGGUCGAGAAUGCAGGUCAACUUGAGCCCGAAACAUUACAACAGACUAUAUGAUGCCUAUCGGGAGCGUUUAAAGGGGGAUGGAUCCGGUAAUGUCGAUGUCGAGGCAAAAAUGGAAUCUAAAGAUCCUGUACCACCUCAAAGGGAUGUCACUUCGCUACCCAAGAAAACCGAAAAACUAAUGGCUAAAGAGAAAGAUACUUUAGAAUUUUCCAAUAUCAAAUUCGAUGCCACCGAUGAUCGGUUCGUGACAUCGGGAAACUGUCUUGCUCGUCUUCCAUUUGGAAAUGGAGAAAAUCAAACUGUUAAGGCAAUGGUCGAAGCUAAAGCAGAAGAUAAGCUCCCUCUGGUAAGUAGUAUGAUUUUGCUUAAACUGGAUGUCCCCGAAGAUAUGCUUCAAGUUAAAACACCAGAAAAGGUCAAGGAUCCUGGAGAACGCCGAAUUUUCGAGCUCAAUCGCAUAUACAACGAUUUCUUGAAGGCCUGGCAAAAGCCAACACCAAGCUUGAACUCCAAGUCUGUUCCAGCGAAACCUCUAAGCUCGUCGGGAUCAGUGAAAUUAAGUGCAUUAUCAGAUUUAAUGGAUGUGAUUGAGCGUCUUCAGAAAAGCGAUUUAGUCAAAGAACUGGCCGAAAAAAUAAACGAAGAAAUGGAACCCAAUUUGCAGAAGCAAAUCAAGCAGGAUGCUCUUCUAGUAACAGAUAGUAGAGCAUCAUUGAGAGCUAUAAAGAAAAAUGAUCUAUCCGGCAUCUUUGAAAAUGUGGAGCCCGGAAGUGCUACCAAUGCUUUCAAAAGGUUGAUAGAUGAUAUAAACUCCAGAAGAUCAAGCAUUAAGGCUGGUGGACUUUACGAUGAGUAUAAGAAGGGCUUCUGUCAGCUGUUCAGUGAUCAUAAAUUUCCCAGAGAAUCCCAUAUUACCAGUGAAGCCGAUUAUCCCUUGGAUAACGAGUCGCGUCGCAGGAUGAACAGCGACGACAUCCUUCCCAGUCGGUGUGAAAACCCAAAAGCGACUACUGUUGAAUGUGACAUAGCAGAAAGUAAGGCCACAACCAAGAACUGUGUUCCGAUUGAAAAACCAACUCCAAAAAGUCAGUGUGAUAAGCCAACUCCAGCGACCACUCCAAAAUGUAAGGAACCAGGAAAUAAAACUACAACUAAGACUUGUGGUCCAAUUGAAACUCCAAAAAGUCAGUGUGAUAAGCCAAAAGCGACUACUCCAAAAUGUAAGGAACCAGAAAGUAAAACUCCAACUAAGACUUGUGCCCCAAUUGAAACUCCGCAAAACAAUAACUAUCUGAAGGCCCUGGAAACAUUUAUCAAAAUGAACAAGGAAAGUAAUGAGAAUGGCGGCCUAAAACCCUAUUAUUUACCAAACUCCAAAAAUCGGCAGCUGGUUUGGAAUGACAUUCCAUUGAUAAAGCCUGGUCUCAAUGAGUCGCCUAAGAAAACUUUGGAGAGUAAGCCGCAAUACAAGUCAUCUAGUACACCCAUUCAAGAGAAUGUAGUGCCCGAAAAGAAGCCCGAUAAAGUAACUUACUCUAAAUCUGAUUUCAAAACGGAAAUUAAAGUGGUGGAGUCUGUGCCAAAAACACAAGCUAUAAACCCUUGGCAAUCGGUUUUCUCAGGACUGGAUCCCAAGCAGAUAAUUGGUGGGCUAAAGGCCAUCAAGCAUACCUCAUUCUUUAACUUGGUGGAUGAGUAUCAGAAGCAAAUCGAUAGCCUCAAUCAGGCGUUGAAAACCAAGCAAAGUUGGUGGAAGGAGGUCUUGGAGAAAGGAAGACAUCCUGCCAGGACACCCAUGAAAAGGAAUAUACCCUUGAAUAAUAAUCCGGCUGGAUCCGUUUUGCAAACACCGUUUCCAGAGGUUCUAGUCAAUCAGCCCUCACAGCUGGGUAGUAAUAAUGUCAUUGAUAGCAUGGCCACUCAAAUGAACCUGUCGCCUUUGGAGGUGGCUCAACGGAUUGUGGGAACCGGUCAAAAUCCUGUCGAUGGCAGAAUUAGAUUUGCACCCAGCCAUAUACAGACAGCAAGUCAGAUCGGAACUAGCUUCAAAAAGGGAUCAGAGAUCAUCCCAUGUACACCAACGCAGGCGCCACAACAACAGCCAGAGGACCAGUUGGGGAUUUCCCCGGUUCUAGAUAAGAUCCUGGAACGAUUGGAGAGCAUUCAGGCAAGCAAGUCCAAUCAAUCGUCGGAUGAGGAGGAGGAGAAGAAGCUGCCCUGCUGCUUCGUGGACCCAGCUGAUGGUGCCCCCUGCGAUCUAAAUGGAUCCUGGGAAUCUCUAGUGCUAGGCAUUCGCAUAAACAUCAAGUCCCCGCCAACUUCAGGUGGUGUAGAAAAGGAAAAACCCACCUGUUCCCAACACAAAGAUCGUGCCUAUCACAGAGCUAGACGACAGUGCGUCAAGAUGAACAAAUCGCAGCUAAAGAAUGCGGCCGAACAGAAAGCCCCCAAUUACCAAGGCAUUAAACUAAAUAUCAGUGUUCAGGAGACAGUGCCGCCGAGAGCCCACGAUCUCCUGGAUAAUCUCACCGAUUGGCAUUUCUCUGGGCAAACUAUGAUGACCCUGGGUGGGCCCAUAUCGCUAUCCUUUCGCAAGGCGAACUCCAAUCUGAUCGGACACUUUGUUGGCUAUUGUCGCACCUGCGGCUGUGUGGACACCAUUUUCGGCUCCUGGAGCUUCUGCAAGCCGUCGCGGGAUUGCCAGGACAUCUGCAUGUCGAUUGUGGACAGACGCGAUAUGCUGCGACGAUACAGCAUGGACGAGCGGCGAAAGAAUCGAUUCAAGGAGCUGCUCUACAUGGGCAGCAAGUUCGCCAAAAUGGAAAAGGAGCGCCAGCAGGCCGAGCUGGUAAAAUGCCAUAAACUUCAGCACCAAGCCCCAGGUGAAACGAAUGCGAAUUCGCCCAACACCAUAGUUCAAAGUUGAUUUUAAAUGUACUUUUACUAAAGCUUAAGUUAUUUAUUUUGAUAUUUUUUAAACAAGUUUGUUUGGAAGAACUGGUUUAAUAAAAUUAUUUUACCAAAAAACUAUAUCAGCCGAUCACAUAUAUCGGUAUAU